UUUGGCUAGGAUCUCAGGAGGGUCUGGUGCCAGGGAGGGCCAGGUGAUAAUCUCAAGGCAGGACGUAACUCAAAUCAGAAGAGUAGGGGUCUGGUGAUAAGGGGAGGGUCAGGUACCCAGAGGAGAGCCUGCUACAACACUUUUAAAAGAUGUCACCAUUGAGCUGAAGUGUAUGCCUAGUGUCAUCUUUUUUUCCACGUAGGUGGGCAAAAGGUACGAGUACGAAGGAUCUGAAGCUAAAGUAAAAGGUUGUUGCAUAAAAAGGGGGGGAGGGUCUGGUGCAACAAAAAAAAAAAGUGGAAAUUAUGGUACCGAAGGAGAGGGUCUGGUGUAUCGCUGGGAAGAAUAUUUGUAUCGAGGGGACAGGCCGCUGGGAGAAAGCCAAAAACAAAAAAAAUAUAUAUAUAUAGAAAAAAGAGGGUGGGCCUUGUGUCAAGCUUUAAAAGAAUAACGGUAAGAAGAAGACAAAAAAUGAAAAGAAAUCAAAUUAUUAAAAAUUUCCCAUGAAGUCGAUGUGAAAUCGCUGUUAAGGAGCAACACUUGGUGUAGGCCUAGUGUCAUAAUCUGUUCUUAAAGUGUGGGCAAUAAUCGGUGAGUGACAAGACUCAGGCCUCCCGCCGGCUAAACGCAGCUGGAAAAGCCGUGAGUCUCUGUGUACCGGCCACCAUAUCCGCCGGUUAGCUUACACGACUACAGCAAAGACUACUAUUAUCGCGCUGCGUGUAUUGCGGGGGAGAAUGCUUGCAUGUAGGGGACUGGUCGCUGGUUGACAGAUUAAAAAAAAAAUAAAUAAAUAAAUAAACAAGGGCUAAGAGCCAAACUUAAAUACAACAGCUACAAAUUGCAUUUGUUAAAGCGUUUCUUGCGAACUUGUCCCCAUACAGUACUCACGAACAUGCUCAAAACAUUUCAAAGGCGAUUGUUAUCCAGUCACUUAUACAAUACAAACAAGUCUUGGAAAGUCAAUAAAACCAAGAAAUCUUCCUACAUCAGUGUCAAAUAUACAAAAGUACUAUAGCUGUUAAAACCAUUUACGAUGUUUAUUAAAAAUCUUAAACAAGAAGCAAGCAUCAGAUAUACAACAUCGAUGCUUCCUACACUGUUCUGGUCUACAAGAUCGUGACAGUCACAAACACAUCAUCAGUCCUAUCAUUAUCCAGCACAAUGCUAAAAAAAACAACUUUGACCCUUACAACUCUGCUUUUACCUGAUAAUCUCUCUCAUGAUUGAGGUCGGCAGGGUGUGUCUCACCGUUGGCCUUGAGUGUGUGUCCGUGUGCUGGAGAAAUGGCGAGCCCUAGUUGUGUUCUUUGUCUCGUCGGCAUCUUGACCCUCUUCACAAGUGUUGUGCAAGGAAAUUUACGAAAAACGCCAGCUGUUGAUCCGUCUUUGAUAAGGAAAGUUCAUCUCAUAUUUAUGAAUCACCUUGAUGUUGGCUAUGAUGGAAUUUACCCAACUGUUGGCUUCGCCCUAAAUGUCAUCAACAAGUACUUUACCGAGUACUAUCCUAGAGCCGUCAGCCUUGCGGAGGGUCUUCGGCUGUUCGGUUUUCAAGAAAGGCUGGUGUACACUACCCACCCCUGGCUACUUCGCCUCUACCUGAACUGCACGACCGUGACCAUGGCCAGCAACGUGUCUUUGCAGUGUCCGUCGCAAGAUGAGGUGAAUGCGAUGCGGCUGGCCAUCAACAAUGGCGACGUGGUGUGGCACGCCGGCCCCAUGAACAUGCAAUACGAAUUUUUCAUGGACCCCACGCUGCUGGACAUGGCCUUGGACAUCAGCUUCGGUCUUGACCGAGAGUUCAACAUUCAGAGGACAACACCAGUCGUCAGCCAGCGGGAUGUGCCGGGCAUGACCAGUGCUGUGAUCCCCAUCAUGAAGAAGCACAACAUCACCGCCAUCACCGUUGGUGUCAACCAGAUGACCAGCCCGCCGGCUUUGCCGUCGCAGGCAUUUGUGUGGAAGAUGCGUCCUGAGGACAAAGAUGAGGAUGGCGUGAUUGCAUUCUGGCAUCCGGGGGGCUACCCGGGUAAUCCUGGCUCUUUCCCCAUUAUGGCGGGUGGCAUGUCUGUAAAGGAUUGCGUGUUCGCCCAGGACGUGCAGGCUUUUCCCGAGACACUGUGCUUUGCCUUCCGCACGGACAACAGCGGGCCACCGGAGACCAUCCAGGAAAUCCUUGGGAACUUCGAACUCGCCCGCGGUCAAUUCCCCAACGCGAUGGUGCAAGGGUCAACUCUGGACGACUUCGUGUCAGCACUGAAAGCAUCUCCCACGACCUUUGAGCCUGUUACCCAGGAGAUUGGCGACACGUGGAUCAUGGGAGUGCAGUCGGAUCCAAAGAAGACGGCCAUGUACCGAGCUUUCGUGAGGGCGUUCGCUGACUGUAUCACUAUAGGUCUGUGCGAAUCAGACGAUCCACGGAUUACACAAGCGGCGUUUUACCUGACCAAAAUUCCUGAGCAUACCUGGGGUCUUAAUGGUGUCGGAGAUCUUGUUAACUGGUCCAACGCGGCUUUCGAGAAAGCUCGAUCAGGGCAGGGGUACAUCAACUGCACAGCAUCCUGGCAAGAGCAGCGCCAGUUUCUGGAUCUGGCUUUGAACAGCUUAGGUUCGCAUCCCGUGGUCCCUUCCAUCAUGAGCGAAUUUGAGAAUCUGGAACCCAGCAUACCUGACCUCACAGGGUAUGACUCAGUGAGCUUGUCUGACGAGUAUACCUGUACGGAUGGCACAGUCCUGGCGUUUGCGACAGACGGGUCCCUGGGGCGACUCUAUGAUCCAUACAACAAAGUGGAAUGGGCGACGGACAGCUCCAGGAUGGGUCAAAUUCUGUACAGCACAUACAAUGAGACCGACUAUGACCAUAUGUCAAAGCUGUAUGACUACAUCGGAGGAGGGGCUGGCUUUCACAAAGUCAAUUCAACUUCCAACGCCCACCCUGUGUCACGGCAAUGGGAGGUCAUAGCCAAAAACCUGUAUAAGAAGACAGAUGAUCCUGCUUGUGACUUCAUUGUGAAGAUUUUGCCAGUUGACUAUGAAGCAGUCACCGACUAUGGGCUGCCAGCCGUGUUCUACGUUCACUACGCUUAUGUGCCAAACCAACAGAAAAGCCUUUUCAAAGGAGAGUUGCAGAUGGAGGUCCAAUGGUUUAACAAGGGCCCCACGCGUCUUUCGGAGGCAAUCUCUGUUGGCUUCAGCCCCUUGACAAGGACAGGCAGUCAGUGGACUAUGUCCAAGCUCGGGGAGCUCAUCGACCCUACCAACGUCAUCUUGAAUGGGAGCCAAUACCUACACGCUAUAAACAAAGGUGUUUACUACCUCGAUGGGAACCAGACUGGGCUUGAGGUUCUUAGCCCAGAUGUUGCCCUUCUGACCCUCAGCACAGCCUCGCAUCCUCCAUCUGUCUUCCCCGUGCCCCUCUCUGCACCAUCAGAGCCAUUUACUUCAGCUGCCUUCAACAUCUACAACAACUUAUGGACCACCAACUAUAUCUUCUGGUAUCCCUUUUUACCAGAAGAUCUCAACUUUAAAGUCCAUUUUUAUCUUCACUUCAUGUAGAACACAACUGUCGAUUCAAUGGCUUCACUUUGUUCCUUAUCAUAAAAGUUGAUCAUAAAAGUCUUUUUUUCCUGAGUUUUAACAGGACUGAAUGCUGAAUAGUAACUUAAAAAAAUCUUUGUACAUCUACUUUCUUCUAAGCUUUCAAGUUUCUUUAUAACUACAAAGAUUGAAUUUGGUUUGAUACAUUAAAAGAUAUCUGUUCA